AUGAGCGCCGUGGCGGUUUCGUCGUCGCUGAACCCGGACGCGCCGCUCUUCAUCCCGGCGGCGCUGCUGCAGGUGGAAGACUUCUCGCCGCAGUGGUGGGACCUCAUCACCACCACCGCCUGGUUCCGCGACCACUGGUCCCGCGAGCACGCCCACCUGGACGAGAUGGCCGAGCAGCUCGACGCGGCCACCUCCUGCCCGACGAGGAGGACCUCUUCUACGACGAACAGCCCGAGCAGGCCCCCGCCGUCGUCGACCCAGCGCCCGCCGCCGCCGCCGUCAAGACAGGCCGGCGACGCCCCACGUGGGUUCCGGGAGAAGCUCAGGCACUCCGAGAAGCCGACCAAGUACGCCGGCAGCCCCAAGAGCAGUGCCCCCACGUGA